CCGCGGGGCUGCUCCCGGCCGCGUCGCCGUCGGUAGCGGCGCGGGGGGCUCCGGUCGCCCCGGUCCCCUCCCCGCACCCGCCGGCUCCGCCUCGUUUCUCUGCAGUCGCUCUGCCUGGCCUGGCGGCGCCGGGAUUCCGCCCACGCCUUCAGCUCUUCGUCGCCUCCUUCCCGGGGGGGCUCCGAGCAUGGCAAUGACUGGCCCAACACCCUGCUCAUCCAUGAGUAACCACACCAAGGAGCGCGUUACGAUGACCAAGGUGACGUUGGAGAACUUCUACAGCAACCUCAUUGCGCAGCAUGAGGAGCGAGAGAUGAGACAAAAGAAGCUGGAACAAAUGAUGGAAGAGGAAGGCUUAAAAGAUGAAGAGAAGAGAAUCAGGAGGUCAGCACAUGCACAAAAGGAAACAGAGUUUCUGCGCCUGAAGAGAACAAGACUUGGUUUAGAAGACUUUGAGUCUUUAAAAGUAAUAGGCAGAGGAGCAUUUGGAGAGGUGCGACUUGUCCAGAAGAAAGACACCGGGCACGUCUAUGCAAUGAAGAUCCUACGUAAAGCUGAUAUGCUUGAGAAGGAGCAAGUUGGCCACAUCCGUGCCGAGCGGGACAUUCUGGUGGAGGCCGACAGUUUGUGGGUUGUGAAAAUGUUCUACAGCUUUCAGGACAAGCUAAACCUCUACCUAAUCAUGGAGUUCCUGCCUGGAGGUGAUAUGAUGACACUGUUGAUGAAGAAAGACACACUGACAGAAGAGGAGACACAGUUCUAUAUAGCUGAGACUGUGCUAGCCAUCGAUUCCAUCCAUCAGCUAGGGUUUAUCCAUCGGGACAUAAAACCAGACAACCUUCUUCUGGAUAGCAAGGGCCAUGUGAAACUCUCAGACUUUGGUCUGUGUACUGGACUAAAGAAAGCUCACAGAACAGAAUUUUACAGGAACUUGAACCAUAGUCUUCCUAGUGACUUCACUUUCCAGAACAUGAAUUCCAAAAGGAAAGCAGAGACUUGGAAAAGAAACAGAAGGCAGCUGGCUUUUUCUACAGUGGGGACCCCGGAUUACAUUGCCCCUGAAGUUUUCAUGCAGACUGGCUACAACAAGCUCUGUGAUUGGUGGUCCCUGGGGGUCAUCAUGUAUGAGAUGCUGAUCGGUUACCCACCGUUCUGUUCUGAGACUCCUCAGGAGACGUACAAGAAAGUCAUGAACUGGAAAGAGACUCUGACAUUUCCCCCUGAAGUCCCAAUAUCUGAUAAAGCAAAGGAUCUCAUUCUAAGAUUUUGCUGUGAAUGGGAGCACAGAAUUGGUGCAUCUGGUGUGGAGGAAAUAAAGAGUAACCCGUUCUUUGAAGGGGUUGAUUGGGAGCAUAUCAGAGAGAGACCUGCUGCAAUUUCAAUAGAAAUUAAAAGCAUUGAUGAUACCUCAAACUUUGAUGAAUUUCCAGAAUCUGAUAUCCUUAAACCAACAGUGGCAACGAGCAACCACCCAGAGACAGACUACAAGAACAAAGACUGGGUUUUUAUCAACUACACCUACAAGCGUUUUGAAGGUCUGACAGCCCGGGGAGCAAUCCCAUCCUACAUGAAAGGAGGAAAGUAGUAGAGUCGUACCUGGGACUUCUGAACUGUGGGAUUCUGUUCCUCUACUUUGGGUUUAUACCCAUAAAAGAACUUUUUAUUUUCUUAAAGAAAACUUGAGGGCUCUCAAGUCUCAGAGAGACACCAGGACCCUGCUCUCCUACAAACCCUCGGUGCUGAGGAUUCUCCUUCUGUGCCAUGGAAAAACAUCCACCAACCCUUUGUGUUGUUUGCUGGAAGCACCUUUUGCUGCUUCAGGAGCAAGAGUUUUAUCUUUUUCCAUUGUUUGCCAGAUUGUACAGUCCAGCAGAUGAGAGCAAGCCUUCACUUGGCUGUUGGAAGCACCUGGUGUUUAUAGGGAGUGUUUUGCCAGUCCUGCAUCAAGUGACAAGCUCAGUCUGCCAACUCUGCCAGCACUGUUUCCCCAGUGGCUGAGGACUUCAGUACAGAGGAAACAAAGCAAUAAUUAAAAGCUUGAGAUAGACAACUCUCCAGUAAACUGGCUAGUAGAAGGACACAACUUGUAUUGCCUUAACCUUAGUUUGUAGUGCUGUUUUUAUAAUGCUCCUUGGAAGCCUCUUCGUAGCAUCCCUCACCUGUCACAGCUGCAGUGCACUUUACUUUUGGUACUAAGACAGUGACCCUCAGGCCACUGAGUAUUUUCUCUAAAUUAAAAGAUUGUGCAUCAGGUUCUCUUUACUUUUCUAGACAGUGACAGGAGAAACAGGGCCACUUCUUGCACCCAGACCACCGGCUCCCACCUGCUGCGUGAAAGGCCAGGUCAGUAACCAGUGCAUAGAACAAACUGCAGCUGGAAUUAGGGCAGAGGGAGGGGAAUUUGUUUAACCUGAUCCUUGGUGGGUACAGCCGGGUCAGCCCUGAGACUUCCCAGUCCUGCUGCUGCCAUCUCUUGGCCACUCCUAAGAUGUGCUGCAUCUUCAACGGUUUAGAGACAAAACCACCUUGUUUUGCUCGUGGGUUUGAGCAGAACAGGAGCAGCUUCUUCCAGCUCUUGCUGACAGAGGCCUCCUUGGCUCUUCCUUAUGGAGCUCCUCUUGCUGUGAACCAUGUCCCUGUAGGCUUCCAACCAGACAGUGCCUCGUGGGGUCACCUCUGGGGCAGUGCAACCCACCCUGUCCACUCUUUGACCAUUGCCUAGUGUAAUUUCUACAAGUACAUUCCGUUAGGAUCAAGGACACUCUCCAGGAGAGCCCCAAAGUGCCUUUCCUUGCUUAGGCAUCUCUCAGAACACGGCUGCAUUUUGGGAAGGAGGAUUCUGCCUCAGCUGAGCUUUUGGUACUUCAUUUUUCUAACUGUGAGCUCCACUUUGAACCUGUUUUGUAGUUAGCAGCUGGAAGGGCACUUCCUAAUCUUGGGCCCUGCCUGCUUCCAGGCUUUAAUUUGCAGGGUUUCUUUAAUAUAAACAAUGAGGUUUCUAAAGGAGAGGAGCAAAGGGAACUGGUGGGAGUCCUGUCAGCUUCUGCUGGUGCUCAGCACUAACUCCAUAGCACAGACAACCCCAACAAAGCUAGUGCAGUGUGUCAAAGGAAGACUUUCAGUCCCAUUUAGUCCUGACUUUCUAGAUGAGGAGAUGAAAGAAAAUGGGUUUGGAGUGAAGCUUUUUAAAAAAUAGGUGCUUUUAUGGAAUUUUUACCUAGAUGUCUCUUGCUGUGAGUGCCAUGGUGCAGGCCUGAGCAGGGGAUUGAAAGUAAUGUACAUAGCUAAAACUGGGUGAUAACUCUAUAGCCCCUUUCCCUGCCCAUCCCUGUGCUGUCCCCGUGGGUCCCAGGAGCUGAAUGAGUUGCCAUAAACAGCUGGAUGGGUCACAUGAAGCUGAAAUGCAAAGAUCUCAGUGAGAAGUACCAGCAGCACUGUAGUCAGUAGGGCUUCCUCAGAUGAAUACAAGGGCUAACUGAAACCAUGAUUUCUGGGAUCAGGCUUUUUAGCAGCUGGUCAGUAAGAUCCCCUCUGCUCCCUUUUCACUUGUUAUGAAGGUCUGAUGCCAGCUUCUGGAACUGAUCUCUCCCCUUACCCUGCAGUUUCCUCUACACCUUUGAAACGUUGCCUUACAAGCCAUUAGAAAACCAAGAGGUGUGAAUAUCAAAAUGUGCUUCUAAAGUUCCUCACAGCUUAGUUACUGCCUUAAAAGAGAAACCUCCAAGAAGUCCAAAUCCUUUACAGCUGCUGUGGAUUGGGACUAAAGGAUUUCGAGCUGGUAGCUGCAGUAGUAGCCCUUUACUAAAAGGGACUGGCAUUUUUCUUUACCAAAGAUGAAGUAGUUAAACACUUGUAAGUUGUGAUAACUGGCUGUGAAAAACCCCAGCUAUGUAGUAACAUGUAUUGUGCUGCAUUUUUAGUGCAUGUGUCUUAAAGUCUGCUGAGACCUCAGGCUGCUCACUGCUUGAGUUAAGGUGAAGCUUUCCAGAGGCACAGGGAGCAGAUGGGUACCUCCCUGCUGCUGUCUUGCAGUAGAAGUUGGAUGUCUUGGGAUAUAGUUCUCUUGGACACACCUUUCCAGCAGUAGGUUUUUAUCAGCUGCAUUGUAAGCCUGCCUCCUAACACUAGGGAGAUAAAGUACAGCAGUAUCUUCCCAGGAGCCACACGGCCCUGCAGACAUGAAGAUUUCCGUAUGCCUGUUCCCUCUCUGUGGGAGACAAACGCUGUUCUUGGCUGCUGCCUUGUCUCUUGAGGUUGGGUGUAUCUUUCAGCUCUUCUACAAAGCUGCAAGCAGUUGCUGGACUUCUAGGAGUAAUUCCAAUCUGAAUUUCCAAGGGGUCUGAGCACGGGUUAUGCUGCCAGUUCAUCUCUGGAUGAUGCCUAGCACAAAACUGAUCACUGUGCCCUGACUCUGCCUUAACCUGCACGUUGAAAGUGUUGUGUAAAUAUUUGAAAGCUGUUACUGAAUUGCACUGUAAAAUUUGGCAGAUGUACUGUGUGUUUCUGGGGGAGCCAACUUUUUAUGGAGCCAUCUUUGCAUUGUGUUGUGUAAAUAAAUCCUCUUAGUAAAGA